AUGUCGCGAAGCAGCAACGACAGCUCGUGGGGCAAGCGACGGAGCCUGUUUGCUCUGUCUGCACUGAACCCCAGCAGCAGCAGCAGCGGAGACGACGAUGGAGCAAUCAGACGACUGAAGAAGCUGCCAAAGCACAGCAGGACACUAAGUGCGCGGGUACCUGCGCAUGUCGAUCGGCCGGAUCUCUCUCGUCAAACCAGCAGUUCUACUCCCUCCAGUCCUGUCACGCCUGAUCAAGCUCGUCAACAGCGUCCACCUCUGAGUAUGAAGGGUUCACUACGCCGACCACCAUCUGUGUUUGGCUCAUUGCGAUCCUCCCUACGAACAAGCACCGAGACGAGCACCGGCGAUGUCAAGGAAGACGAGACGUUAGAGCCCUUGUCGACAACCUCGUCAACCGCGCCUUCAGUUGGUUGGUCAGAUACCGGCAUGGAUGGCGGACCAUCGGGACGGAAUGUGGUAUACCAUGGCGAGGUGCAAACGAGCGCGGGAAUGUUCAGGAAGAAGAAGGAAUAUCUGGUCCUGACGGAGACCAACAUAAUACGAUACAAAUCGCAAACGAAGGCAGCAGAAACCUUUACAGCUAUAUCCCACCCGCUCGGACGCAGUCCUGUGAUCCGACAUGGCUCGAUGCCUUCUGCCGGGUCUUACAGCGAUCUGCAGACCAUGUCCGACUCCUCUGGCGACAAAGAUGGACGAGUGUCACUGCGACAGGUCGUCGCUGUGCACCGGUUAGACGACGGAAAGCCAUACUUUGCCAUUGAGGUCUCCUAUCUGGACGAGGAGUCUGGACAAGCAUCGGCUCUGACACUGCAAUUCAGCAUACCUGAAGAACGAGAUAUGUGGUUGAGGGGUAUACGGAAUACAGUACGAUACAACCCACAUGUAGCAGCAACCAGUAUCUCACCUUACAAUCUGGAGAAUGCUGCGCGGAUUAUCGAGCGCGACAACGACUAUGAUCCGAACAAUUGCUCGAUAUACAAGGUGGUACAACGGCAGUCUUCUAAGUCUACUGGACGAUCUUCGUCGGACGAUCUCACGAAAGUUGCUUCUAACGUCUGCUUUCUCGCAAUCGGCGUGCAUAAGGUCCACCUGAUCCAGCUGGUUAAACCUGUUGUACGGUCAUCAAGCCCAUCGCUCGUGGUCAACAACACUACAUCCUCCUAUGGUGUCCUGACGCUCGUUGGUGUCAAGGUCAGCAACACCGAUGACACUUUCGAAUUGACCUUCCGACAGCCACUUCAGAGGCCUCGCUCAAUAUUUCUGGCAUCGCUAGCCUCUCACGAAAUAGCUGCACAGUUACAUUUCGCAGAGAACUAUCUGCGACCUGAAUGCGGCCAGCGACUGUUCGAGUGGCAGGCGCCUGCUGAGGUUGAGGCUAUCUUACAACCACCGGUGGCGUCCAACAAAGACAAUUCCUGCCUGGACCGGACACUCAUUGCUUACUGUGUGGCGUAUGGCGUCAAUUCGAGCAGAGUCUGUUACACUAUCAACUACCAAUGCGAAGACGCACCACGUUUCGAGCUACUUCCGCCUACCGAUCAUCGAAGACCUGAGUAUGGCCCUAUCGAACUACUGGCGAUUACACGAGCGCUGCGAUAUAAUGAGAGUUUUGGCAGUAUGUCGCUCGCAGGAAUAUCGCUUGACAGCCUGAACGGACUACAUGACAACUAUGGAGAGGAGCACGUCUGUUCGAAAACGAAAAAGGGAACACCCAUCAAACUCAGUGCCACGGAGCUCGGUCGAUCUUGCUUGCUGGUGCAGGAGAUUCGUGCACUGGCUGCGACGAGCAAGAAGCUUCGUCGUAUGGAUUUCUCGGGUUGUGUCACGAACAAGUCUGUACCACAGCAUAACACUAUUGAGGAGGAAGGUCCACCAAGGAAGGACCUGGGUUGCGGAGUCGUGGAGGCGCUUUUUCCACUCUGCAAACAUCAGACGACGAAUGUGGACUGGAUAUGCUUGAACGGUAUCAUAUUGAGCGAGACUGACCUCGACUACCUUGUCGGAGCUGCGGUGGAGAAGUCUUGUCAUUUCCGCGCGGUGGAACUGAACCGGUGUGGACUUAACGACCGUAGCAUGGGUCUUGUGCUCGAUGCGCUUCGAGCUCAGGACAACACGCUGGAGGCAAUCGACAUAGCUGGCAAUGCUGCACGUCUCAACCCAGCGGCUUUUGACAGUCAAAUGGCCAUGUUCGGUUUCAUCCGCAAGCUCGACCUCUCCUAUGUCUCCAGGACAUCCGACUCCGAGCCACUACUGCAGGCAGAGACGUUACUGAUGUGGCGACUGCAAGAAUUGCGUCUGAGUGGUACAGCACUGAAUCGUGCCACAAUCGAUGCUAUUGCGACGUACCUUGCACAUCCACAAUCGAGCAGCCUGCACGGUCUAUAUCUGGACAAUUCAUAUCUCAGUGGGAAAGAUGUUGCUACGCUGUUCCAGAGCAUGUCGCACAAUCCCUUCGAAGCACGAGAUUUGCACCUGGAUAUCAGCCAGAGUCAUCUCAGUGACGACCUUCUGGUGAUCACUAAGGCCGUCUCUAGCGGACUUACGCCUACGCAUCUGACCAUGAAGGCUAUUGAAUAUCGGGACGAAGCAUCCUUCCGCAAGCUGCUGAACGCACUAGCCACCAACAGAUCCAUCAGAUAUCUUGACAUGUCGCACACAGCACUUCCAGGCGAGAUUGGCGAGGAUACUGCACGCGCUUUGGAGCGAUUACUGGGAGAGAAUGAUACGCUUGUGGAACUCAACAUAUCGGGCGAAGAGUCCAGGCUAGCAUCAUCACGAUUUGGAAGCAAUAUCAAUCAAGCCCUGUCCGGUCUCAAACGGAACAAGACUUUGCAAUGUUUCCGCAUCGAGAAGCAGAAGCUUGGCCUGCAGGGCGCAAGCACUUUGGCAGAUGUCCUGAAAGCCAACAGCACACUGAGAGAACUGCACUGUGGCAAUAAUGAGAUCCCGCUGCAUGGGUUCACGGACCUGAUCAACUCAUUAGUGGACAACACAACUCUCAUCUUACUUCCUAUGAUGGAUGACGGACGGGCUGCCGCCUUCCGCUCAGCAGAUGUGACGAUGAAGUCAAUGUCCGACGACAUGUCUCUUUCACCACGCUCGCCGACCUCGCACAGUCCAGCACCAUUCGAGAGCGGGUCGUCUGUUAAGCGCAGCCUGACCUCGAUCAGAAGGUCGGCGACACGGUCAGCUUCGUCGUACAUCCCACAUAUGUCGGAUCGUACUUCUUCCUCGCCCCUCACUCGCACAUCCUCACCAAUGUCUUUCACUCUCCCGGCACCACGGAACAGGCAGAGCUCCCAGGCGUCCGUCCCAGCACCGAUGUCCUUCACAGUACAAGACAUCCAAUCAACGCAUCGCCUGCUAGACGAACAAUGGGACCGCCAAUGCGAACGUCUCGCACAGUAUCUGGAGCGGAAUUGGUGUCUCCUCAACGGCCUAGACACGAAUGCGCCUCCUCCCCUUGUCGAAGAAGAAGAAGAAGGAGAAAUCCACUCCGGACGCCCCUCCUCAACAGGCUCGAUAGGCAAGAUCCUAGCACAAGUCAAACACGACACUACACCCCGAGCCGAAAAGCCGAUUUAUUUCGACUCGCCGCAACAGCAAGAUGGAGCAGGGCUAGAAGACCAGUUUACCGCGUCCUCCCGUCAAGGAGCUAAGGUGACUGAAAUGUCCGAAAGGGAAGCUGGGAAGAUGAGCUUUAAGCAUUUCAUUUUGGAAUCAGGACCCGGGACGCCUGAUGAUGAUGAUCUGGCUUCCGAACGCAUGAAGCAGUUGAGACUAGAUACGAAGGAUUUGGGACAGAGCAUGGAGGAGCCUGGGACGCCUACGCAGGCGAAGUUCGCGCUGUAG